UAUGAGAUACUAUGAACCUAAGAUUAAUACCCACUAGCCAAUUAGUUAAACUAUAAAAUGACUGGAAAACUAAAGAGUAGAAGUAUUACUUCUUAUCACAAAAGUUUUUCAGCUGCAGAAGGGAUAGACUUUUCAAAUUUUCAACAAUCUGCACUCGAUAGUUGUUUGGGUGAAGAGUUGAAAGAUGGGCUAGGUACAGCAAUAAGUACAUUUUCGACCAGCGCCAGCGAAUUAGAUGAUUUAGGUCUUAGACUAAGUGGCCUAAGCUCAGGCAGUUCUCUAAGUUGGAGCGAAGAAUACGAGUCAGAAGUAACUAGAAAAGUGCAACUUGAAUUGGAAAAGAUCGAUAUGAUUUUUAAAGGAGUGGAAAAUGAAUCGGCAAUGUACGAUAUGAAGGAAAUAGCAGAAUGGAAACGUUUUUUUCCUAAUAUCUAUAUCCUUGGAUGUAAAACUCCAACAAAUUCACCAGAUCAAUCCGACACAAGUUUGCCAGAGGAGGAUCGAAUCGAAAAUUGUAUUCAAACGCAAUCAAUUUUUCCAAAAAACCGACGUUUUGUAAAUACUAAUCAGAGACAUGAAAAUAUUUCUAAUGGCGUCUUAAAUCCUGUACGGUAUUGCAAUUCGUUGCCCAGAAAACUGAAGAGUCUGGAAAUUGAGCACUACCUCAAAAUCUCUUCAAUUCCAAGUUCAGAUUCAAAACAAAGAACGAGAACUCGAGAUCCGAGACAAGAUUCGAAGGAAUUAGUGGGCGAUGUUUCUCCAGAAUGUACUUCACUGCCGUUUAUUGCUACCACACCCCUCAAAGCACAAUGUGGAAGACAAAUUGAUCGAAAUAAACCAUCUAAGUUGCUAAUUUUACCGCCUAUUAAUGCAGCUUUCCGGUCGAUUUCAGCUACCCCCCGAAAAGCGCCAAGUAAAAGUAUUUAUGGCCGAUUAAACAGCAUUAAUGAAUUGAGAGCAGCCAGAUUGAAAAGCGAUUUAAUGACGUUAUUUGAUAAUAUUCCUUCUAGCAAUAGGUGAUGAGUGUUAUUGACUGCAAUGUGUAUAUGUUAAAUUAUGUCCUAGGGUAUACAUAGAAGAUAAUAAAAAUUCGAUAUUUUUUUAUGUAAGUA